AUGGAGUCGUCCAUUGAUGAAGAAGCCAACAGACAGACUUGCCUGCCAGAGCGAGAACUCGACUUGACGCGCAGCUACACGGCCGGUGCAGAGGGCUACCCUUCUUCCAACAUUGAACCACCAGUCACCCAGGUUGCAAGCGUCCAGAAUCCCCCCGAAUAUGAAGUAUACUGGGAAUGCGCCGACGCCGAGAAUCCGCGUACCUGGCCCUUAUGGUACAAGGGCCUCACCGUGAUGGCCAUGAGCCUGGGUGCAAUAGUCAUUAGUCUCUUCAGCACAUUAUACACGUCUGGAAUUCCCGGGUUGCAGGAGGAUUUCCAUAUUUCAAAGAUCACCGCGCUACUUGGCGUCACGACGUAUCUUCUGGGCAUAGCUGUCAGGAGUCUAUUCGUUGCUCCGCUGAGUGAGAUUGUGGGCCGACAGCCUGUUUACAUCAUCUCAAUGAGUGUGUUCCUUGUCCUUAUUCUGCCUAGUGCGCUGGCGCAGAAUAUCGCCGCAAUCAUUGUCAGCCGCUUCUUUGGGGGAUUCUUCGGCAGUGCGAUGAUGUCCAACUCGCCUGCCUCGGUCAACGAUGUCAUAUCAGAUGAACAUCGUGCUCUGGCAUUUGGGAUCUGGUCAAUUGGUCCGGCAAAUGGCCCUGUGUAUGGUCCUAUUAUCGGAGGAUUUGUGUUUCAGUAUCUGGGCUGGAGAUGGACGAACCGGAUUGUUCUAAUCAUUGGUGGUGUGGUCUUGGUGUUGCUCGCCUCUAUCAAAGAGACCUAUGCGCCGGUCAUUCUGAAGAAGAGAGCGGCAAAGCGACGAGAGGAGACAAACAACCCAAAGUGGUGGACGCGCUAUGAUCACCAGCAAGGGCACCUCACCAACAAUUCUUGCUUGAAAGACCAAGCUCACAAUGACAGUAUCUUCUGGGAUAGUUACGUCGCCAUCGUCUAUGCAAUCCUCUACCUCUGCUUCGUCGCCUACCCCAUCGCCUUCCAACAGGAACGCGGCUGGCCACCAGGCAUCGCCGGCCUCUCAUUCAUCGGAAUAGGCGUCGGCGUCCUGAUAGCUAUAGCCCUCGAACCUCUCUUCCACAGAGUCAUAAACGCCCACCGCAAGGAUCCGGAAACCGGUACCGUUCUCCCGGAGGCAAUGGUUAGCAUUGUCUGUCUGGGAGCGACGCUUCUGGCCAUCGGCCAGCUAUGGUUUUCCUGGACGUGCGGUCCACACGUCCACUGGAUCGUGCCGAUUCUCGCCGGUGUCCCCUUCGGUGCGGGUAAUGCCUGUGUCUUCAUUUAUGCGAAUAAUUAUCUGGCGAGGUCGUAUGGGAUCUACGCUGCGUCUGCUUUGGCGGGGAAUAUGGUGCUAAGAAGCAUCAUGGGCGCAUGUUUGCCGCUUGCGGGGCCAGCGAUGUAUAAAGCGCUGGGGCUGAGCUGGGCUGGGACGCUGCUAGGGAUCGUCGAGGCUGUCUGCAUUGCCAUUCCGACUGUUUUCUAUUUUGUGAGGCAUCGUAUCCGCGCUGCGAGCCCUAUGAUCAAGGAGAUAGCGAAAAUGCAUGGAUAG